GGUGGACAGGACGACUGGAGCUUGUAGCAGCAGCAGCAGCAGAAGCGGAUUCGGGAGUGAGGGGAGCAUUGGCAGUAGAGAGGAAGCGAUUGCGUCGUGGUUCGGUGGCGCAUUGAGGAGAGUCCAGAGCUUAAGAGGAAGCUCGGAGGCUGUACCUCGGGCGGAAGCGCGGGUGGUGGUGGGCUGUCACGUCGUCAGAGUGGUGGUGUGGGUUUUCCGAAGCUACGUGUGCACGCGAGCGAGCGAGCGAGCAAUGAGGGUGCAUGGAGGCUCGGAUCGUGAGCAUCAGACGAUGUGACGGAAGAGGGAACGGGAGGAUGCUGCGCAAUCGGGAGCUCAGAGAUUGGCAGGCAGACAAUUUGGCUCCACAGCAGCAGUGGAUGAGUGUCGGUGUAGAUGUAGAUGCGGAUGUAGAUGUAGAUGUCGAGGCGAGCGAGGAAUGGCAGGGCGUGUAGUAGGCUCGAGGGCGAGCAGCAGCUGAGCGGAAUUGGAUCUGGGCAGGGAGCGAGGGAUCUGGCGACGCAGGGAACUGGAGAAUGGCUGCUCUGUGAUCGUUGGGGUUCGAGGGUGGCCGGGCCGGGGUCGACUACGUCUUCGAGGGUUGAAUAACUUCCGACUUCUGGGAUGCAUGAGCCUGCUCACGCGCGGCUCGCUUGAGAUCGAGCUGACGAACCCGCACAGCGCAAUUUCGAUCGAUUCCCGUCGGAUUUGCUGAAGCAGCAGCAGCAGCAGCAGCUCUCCGCGAUGAUGGUAAUGUUGGCCAAGGGGAGAAGCCUCAAGGGCUGCACGUGCACGAUCAUCGGCGCAGUAGUGGGCCUGUCCUUGGUCCUACCGAUUUUCUUCACGGGGACCAGCCUGUCGGAGAAAAUCCUGCUCGACUGGCUCAUGUGGUCCAAAUCGCCGGACUACACCGUGGACUACGCGUACGACUACAGUCCCUCGGGCAAAUUGCGAUCGAGCGAGGCGGUUCCGCGUGGAGGCGAGCGCUGCCUGCUCAAGGUGUACGUGUACGACUUUCCGCGGCGCUUGCACUUGGGCAUGUUGAAGAACACUGUGCUCGACCAAGAUUUGCCGUGGACGGACGACGAAACUCCUCCGGUGUGGCCCCUGCGCUCAGGCCUCAAGAAGCAGCACAAUGUCGAGUACUGGAUGAUGGUGGAUCUGCUGGACAGGCGCAUCAGCCGCGACGGGGACCGACAAGUAGUUCGAGUCUCGAAUCCAGAGCACGCCGAUCUCUUUUUCGUGCCUUUUUUUUCCUCGCUUAGUUUCAACCGGUACGGGCAUUACAUGAGAGAUCCGGAUACGGAGAAAGACAGAUUACUGCAAGAGGAAGCUGCGAAUUUGACAAUGUCCUCCAAAUACUGGAAGCGUUCUGGGGGCCAAGAUCAUAUCAUACCUGUUCAUCAUCCGAAUGCCUUCAGGUUCUACCGGAAUAUGCUCAACGCUUCCAUCUUCAUCGUUGCUGAUUUUGGACGCAAUCCUCCUGAAGUGUCCUCUCUGAGGAAGGACGUGGUGGCUCCGUACACUCACGUUGUCCCGACUUAUGUCGACGACAACGAAGAAGAUCCCUUCAAUUCGCGAAAAACGCUCCUCUUCUUCCAAGGCAGAAUCAAGCGCAAAGACGAUGGUGUCGUUAGAACACAGCUAGCGAGUGUUCUCCAAAAUCAGACCGAGGUUCAUUUUGAAGAUGGAACAGCAACUGAAGAAGGGCUUCAGCAGGCCACAGUCGGUAUGAGAAGCUCCAAGUUUUGUUUGCACCCGGCUGGCGACACACCAUCUUCGUGUCGCCUGUUCGAUGCCAUAGCAAGCCACUGUGUGCCAGUGAUUAUCAGUGAUAAGAUUGAACUUCCAUAUGAGGACGUCCUUGAUUACAGCACCUUUGCUUUGUUCUACUCGGUAGAGGAGUCCUUAGAACCGGACUGGCUUGUGGAACAAUUGAGGAAUAUCAGUCAAGAACAAUGGCUGGCGAUGUGGAUACGGUUAAAACAAGUUGCCCAUCAUUUCGAGUAUCAAUUUCCAACAAAGAGAGACGACGCAGUGAACAUGAUCUGGAGGGAGCUGCAUAAAAAAGUUCCAGAAGUGAAAUUGAAAAUGCAUCGCAAGCAGAGGCUGAAGAUUGCAGAUUGGUGGACGUGGUAGUAGAAACUGGCGACUCAAGCAAACGGCAUUUUUUCCUCUUCAGUGAUUGUUCAGUGUAGUGACGAUUUGGGUCAGUAAAUUUCUGUAAAAUAGAAUGAACUAGUCUCACGAGUGUCCAAUCAAUACUGAAGUACAACCUGAGAAGAUUCUCAUCACGCACACGAGCUGAACGCAUCAUUUGGAUUCCUUUGCCUCGGCCAAUACCAGUCACAGGGCUGUAAUUGUGGGCUUGUAGCCGAAUAAACAUAGAGUCAAUGCAGUACUCCCUCUCAUUGGCCAGACAGAUAGACCGAUAGGUAGACAGACAGACUACACCGACGUGAGAUCUUCCCGACCGCUGCUUGAGACAGACGGCCAUAUCGAUCGAACCACAGCCAUAGACCAAACUAGAACUUGACAAAUUCUCGACAAUGAGUCUUGUUUUGUCACCCAUUUUUGGAGGAUCAGAAUGAUAUCAUAGGGUUAGUCGGCCAAAUCUCACAUCACGCAUGUACAUUCACUUGGGAGAGUGAAUCCAGAGUCUCUCCUUCGACUGUCCUGUUACUCAGAACCAUCCUCGAGUUGUAUUCCUUUUCACUGCCACAGCUUUAUGGUUGGUUCGGCUUCGCCUCUCUAGCCUUUUCCUCUUGUACGAGUACAACAGAUCAUCCGCCCGGCUUUUUCUCGCUUCCUGCUUUUCUAGUACAUUCAUGAGAGGACAAUUUUUCAGGAUGGAUUAGAUCGUGAUUCAAGUGUCAGCAAUAAGUUUAGGUUGGAAUGCAUACACAUUCACGUGUGGCCUUAACAUUAUAUAAACGCUGGGUGCGUUUUUAUACCAGCUUUUGAGGCAUCCCUACCGGG